AUGGGGUUCUUUGAUCACCUCCAGAAAGGAGGGGCCUUCUCUCUGCAGCCGCAGAAGAACCAGAUCCGCAAAGUUGUUCAGACACGACCAGCCCCCGCGAAAUCGGCUCCCAACACCCCGAAGUCUCGGUCCCCUCGAGUCCAACCCUCUUCGGAGCGGUCCCGAAAGACACAUGCGGCCCGAUCUGUCUCGAGUGACCCCGAUGCCCGCCCCUCCAAGCGACUGAAUACCCCAACGCGCGUGCGGAAGCGUCCAACCCCCGAGCAACGACUUUCCAGUGACGACGAUGCCAGCGAUAGUGACGCCUCGUUUGAAGUACGGAAGCGUGCGAGGACCAGCGCCAGUGCGGAGCCUGACCCGGAGCGUCGCGUGCGCUCGGUGAAGGCAUUUUCGGAGGAGGGAACCCGGCCGUUCAAGAUGGUGCAUGCGACCGAUAUCACAUCGACAGAGAAGCCACGAUCUUUCAAGCCGGCAUUUGGUGCUGAAAAGGCCAAGGAAAUUCUUCUGCAGUACCCAAGCGCGUCGCAAAAAGAGAGAUUCGACUGUGUUGUUCCUCGAGACAGCGGUGAUUUCCGACCCAUCGACGACAUUGUACAGGUCAUCGAAACCGUUUCCGAUAACUAUAUUCCGAGCGAAGAGGCGGAUGAGUUCAAUGACGAGACAACCGGGAUCCGACGAAGGCUGCGCCGAGCGUUGGCAGUCACCUCAGAGACUCAGUUCAGAGACGCGGUGGACGAUUACAACAAGGCUAUUGAACGGUUGAGGACUGGUGGGAGUAUUGCGAAGCAGCUGGAUGCGACGCACCGGAUAGGUCUACCCUGGGUAGAACGCAUCCUUACCCAAACGUAUGCGCGCACGGUAUCCCCUCGAGUCGAAUCUCUCCGGCAAUAUGAGAAUGGAACGGACAACGUCUACGGCGAACUUCUUCCCCGAUUUAUCAGCAACAUCUUCAAGGAAACGAAGCUCAAAUCCGGCCAAGUAUUUGUCGACCUCGGGUCUGGCGUUGGAAAUGUGGUUCUGCAGGCUGCUCUUGAAAUCGGCUGUGAAAGCUGGGGCUGCGAGAUGAUGAACAACGCAUGCGAUCUGGCAGAGCUCCAGCAGUCUGAAUUCAAGGCCCGCUGCCGGCUCUGGGGUAUCGCACCUGGCAAGACCCAUCUUGUUCGGGGUGAUUUCUUGGAACAAGAGAGCAUCGUUAACGUUCUCAAGCGAGCUGAUGUGAUCUUGAUCAACAACCAAGCAUUCACGCCACAGCUCAACAACGAGCUUAUCAAUCAUUUCUUGGAUAUGAAGGAGGGCUGCCGUAUUGUUUCCCUCAAGUCAUUCGUCCCGGCUGGCCAUAAGAUCCAGUCACGCAACCUCAACUCUCCCAUCAACCUCCUCAAGGUCCAGCAAAAGAACUACUGGUCUAAUAGCGUCAGCUGGACCGACGUUGGUGGUACAUAUUUCAUUGCAACAAAGGAUAGUUCACGCUUGAAGUCUUUCAUAGACAGCACUCUAUGA